UCUCAUAGGCAAUAAUUCCUACGAUUUUAAAUAUAUAAAAGUAACUACAUUUUACAAAUAAGGAGUAAUUUAUUUCCUAGAGUCCUAGUUGAACAUGGAUACAACCACGCCAAAACCAUACAUCCUACCAGCCGACGCAGUCUGGUUCAUAACCGGCUGCUCCUCCGGCAUCGGACAAGCCCUCGCGCAGCACAUCGCCACCAAAACCGCCUCCCAGCGCGUCGUAGCCACAGCACGCAACCCAGCCGCCCUAUCCGCCGCCACAUCCUCCAUCCCGGACUCCCCCAACGUCCUCAAAACAGCGCUCGACGUCACCGACCCCCACGCCAUCGAAUCCGCCUUCGACGCCGCGCUCGCGCAGUUCGGCCGCGUCGACGUCGUCGUUAACAACGCAGGCUACAACCUCAUGGGCGACGCGGAGGUUUCUCCGCCCGGAAACCGCGGGGCGCGGGAGCUGAUGGACACGAACUUCUGGGGCGCGGUGGACGUGACGAAGCGGGCUUUAUCCGUCUUCCGAGACGUGAACCCGGGGACAGGACAGAUCGGCGGUGUGAUCGUCAACGUGACGUCUAUGGGCGGGUUCUUCGGGUCCCCGGGAAACGCGUACUACCACGCGAGCAAGUUCGCGCUGGAAGGGUUCGCGGAGAGCGUGGCGAAGGAGAUGUUUCCGGAGUGGGGGAUCCACGUCACGUGUGUGGAGCCCGGGGGCACAAGGACGCGGUACGCGGGGGAGAAUCUGAGGAGGAUGGAGAGACAUCCGGAGUAUAUUGGGGAAGGGGGGGCGACGACGGGGAUGUUGGAGUUUAUGGAGAGGAGGGAGUUGCAUGGGGGGUUUGCGAGCGCGGGGGAGGUCGCGGAGGGGGUUUAUAGGGUUGUGGGUGCGGGAGGGAGGAUUCCGAUUAGGGUUCCGCUUGGGAGGGACUCGUGGGGUAUGGUUAUGGCGGAGGUGGAGAGGGUUAAGGCGGAUUUGGAGGAGUGUAGGGAUGUUAGUUGUGCGAUGGGGACGGAGGAUGCGGAGGAGAUGGUGAGGUUGGUGAAAUAGGGGUUGAUGAGUGGGUGAAGAGUAUAGAUGGCGAGGUUUUAUGGAGUUAGGUGUAUUGUGUGUCGAAUAUAACACCUUAGAGAUCACACUGGUAGUCUUCGAAUUUGCUUCAUAUUUGGGUUCAUGUCUGAUCUUUUAUUCAUUUCCUUGAGUACCGAUCGUCCCUAGCUC